AUGUGCCCUCAACUCGCCCUGCUCACGUGUACUGUAGACAAGACAAUGAUCAUUAUACGGCGGACCCAGAAGGCGAUGAACGAUGUGUACUGUAACCUUUCCCUAUUCAUUUUAUCACUGUUCUGUGCUCUUCGUUUCUCACUAAGCAGUUCUACUGGAACUGCGCUCCGGAAUCCGAGUUUCAGAUCAGAGCCUGUCCGAAUGAUACUGCGUCACCAUCUCCAAAACUGUGCUAUUGUCAUAAGAAUAGUUACUGUAUCGAGUGCUCAGAUUGUCGGUCGAUGGCCGUUGACGUUAUCCAUGAGUGAGUGUGCAAACUCGUCCACGUGCCUAUGCGUCGUACCUCGGUCAAUUGACGGCGCCAUGACAUCAUCGUCUUACUUGUGCAGGAAUUUCAAAAUGGGAAUACACAAUGUGCAAUGGAUAUGCACUCGAUCAUUCGGCCUCAGUGGAGAAGAGGAAUGUAUAUGCGACGGUGAUUCCUAUACAAGAUGCUUCGCCGUGGAAUCAGCAACGAAAAGGACCCAUGGAAAGGACGCAGAUGCACAGGAAAAGACACCUGUACGAGUUCAUAGAGGGAAAUUACGGGUCUACGAGAAGAUUCUCAGUCAGUAUGAUGGUAUUCUGGCAGUUUUCUCAAUGUGCACAUGUGGAUCCGAUGUACACUUGCAACGCGAAUCAAAGAAAAGAACAGUACCAACAGCACCAACGAACCCGCUGAUUGUGUGUGCUUUUAUAAUAAGGGUAAUGACCAGCUGUGGCCUUGUUAUCGUCAAAAAGAUUGGCAAGAAAGGAAAUGCUCGAGCCGAUCGAAUUCCCUUUUUCUGGGAUAUUAUGACGACAACAACGAUGUCACCGAUACAGAGAGAGAAGGAAAGAAAAGCGGUGGAUCGUGAAAAGGCCUACGGAUAUACGGGUGUGAAGGAUCCGAUUGCGCUGAAGGGCAAAGCAAUGGAGAACAUCAUUUUUGCCGUCGAUCAACUUACCGAAGAGGAGAAAUGGGCAAUCACUUACAAAAAAUCAGAACUGAUUCGUAAGUGCUCGUUCAACGGACAGGAAUGUAAAGGAGUUCCAAGCACAUCUCGACCCAACCUAUGGAGCCUGUUUCACCUACGUUGGUCGACAUCCGCGUCAAAUAUCACAAACGAAAGAGCUGGACCAGCAUACGGACUCCGUCUCGAACUUUUCGUCAAUAUAUCUGAGUACUUACCGACAACAGAAGCAGCUGGUGUACGUCUUACUGUGCAUUCCGUCAAAGAGCAGCCAUUUCCGGACACUUUGGGACACUCUGCUCCUACCGGAUUCGUCAGCAGUUUUGGUAUAAAACUGAAGUCAAUGACUCGUCUUCCCGCUCCUUAUGGCGACUGCAUAACAGAAGGGCAAAGACAAGGACUUUAUUUACGUCACUAA